AUGGUGCGCGUAUCUGCGGAAUAUGGCUGCGGAUGUACUGAGACAUUCUUUCGACCAUGCUCAGCUAUCUCGACACUGCUCCAGGAAGGUUACUCCCUGGAUAUGAAUGGCGAACUUCAGGCUUUCUGGCGGGAUGAGUGCCCUCUACACAAAGCUCUUUUCAUACGCAAAGCCCUCAUCAAAACUCGCAGAGAGAAGAAGAAGCCAGAAGCAGAGCAGUCUUGGGCCUGGCUUCGCCACAUCAUCUGCAGCCGCUCAUACUUCGUUCAGCAGGGUCACCACGAGUCCUGGCUCGUCCUGCUCCAGAUGUGGUGUGUGAUCAUUACUGAGGACCUCUCACGCGUAUCGUAUAUGGCAUCAUCCCAGAUGACUCAAGCUGUCCAAACAGCAAGCGGCAUAGAAGGGCAAGUCAUGAGAGAGGCAUAUCAUCACUUGUUCGGCUGGCUUAUUGGCUGCCUAGGACAAAAUGUAGGAGGGCCUUCACACGACGAGGACCUGACAACCACAGUCAUGUACCAGCACUUGGAACACAGUCCUUCCAUCUUCAGCCACUUCUAUCCUAGUCUGAGCGAUCGUCCACCGCUGCAGACCUCAGCGUUUGACUAUGCUACGAUGCCAUGGGAGGUUCGACCCCUACUAGGGCUCGCUCUUGAUCCAGUAGUGGCGCCAUUCACUAGCAAGCCUCCUACAUCUCAGUCGCGAGCGUAG